CUGCUUGUUCUCAUUAUCUGUGUUAUUGACUAUUGGAUCCAUGUGAAAGUCGUGGCUAUCAUUGCUUUUUUUUUUUUUAAUUUUCAUUUCAUGCUAUGGCUAAAAUUUGGCUGGAUGUGUAGCUUGUAAAGCUUUUAGAAUAUUGUAGGCUUGAAAGGCUCUUUUUGUAUUUGAUUAUGGCACAGUUAAAAUUGAUUCCGUUUUGGUAUCAAUAAGUAAAUUAAGCUAAACUGGUUGUUUGGUGUUGAACUUGAAUUUCUCACAAAAUAUUCCAUGAUGAAUUUUUUGAAAUAAUAACCAUUUGUUUCUGAUAGCAGUACUGGAUAAUAUCAUGUAUGAGUCAGAGGUGACUAAAGAUGAGCUCCCUCUAUGUAGAAGUAGGAGCUCUCUUUGCUGGAAUUUUGGUCAUGUUGGAUCUUUUCUGCUGGUGACGACACAGACAGGACUCUAUGUCUUAGUUUGGAUGUUAACUGUGCUGGUAGUACACAACAUGAUAGUUUGAAGCAGUUUGUGGUGAUUUUUUAGGCAUUUAUGAGAUUUUGUUUACUAUUUUUUGUUUUUUUUAUUUUGUUUUUAAAUAUAAUCUUGAUAAUGUAUUCAUAUACUACACAAAACAGGCUUAAAUUAAAUACUUACUUAAGUUUUACAAUCUCUAAUAGUACAUGUAUGAACAAUCUAAAAUAUAGAGCAAUUUGUAUUCACAUAUCGCGUUAAGAGAGUAAGGUCCUGCAGCGACAAGGAAUGUCAGUGCAUCCUACUUUCAAUCAAUGGAGGUUGAAGUCCCUAUCAUGAUUGCUGUGCAGCAGUAUGACCUCAUAACACGCAAUUCAGCAACAUCGAUCAUCCUUUGUUGAGUUUUACUGGGGGUUCAGGAUGUGUUUUAAGGGAAAAAAAAGAAUAUUUUUGAAAAAUAAGCCCCCAUACUCAACAUUUUCUUUGGCGCAGGAUUUUCUUGGGAUGUAAUGGAGGGACUCCUCAGAAUUCUAUUUCAUGCCUGUGACGAGCUUCCUCUUCUUGCUUGCAAGAAGAGUCACUCUGAUCCGCCAUGGCACCACCAUCCCUCAUUUUCCUCAGGCAUUUUUCCCUUUCAUUCCUCAUGACUUUUGCCCAGCCCUCAAAUUCAGACAUGUUUCAAGGUAGAAACAUUGCCGACCUCAUGGCAGAGGCUGCAGAAAAAAUGGAGAAGGCACACUAAUUCCAUUGACCUACCAUGAGACAUCCACUUUUGGAUUCUUGUUCCUUGACAUCACUUAGUUCUUCACACAAGGAUUUGCUUUCAUAUAUAUGGAAGAUGAGAGAGAUGCUGAAGAUGCCAUACGAGCACUUGAUCGGACGGAAUUUGGUCGAAAAGGACGCAGGCUUCGUGUUGAAUGGACAAAACAAGAGCGUGGCAUUAGAAGGCCUGGGGGUGGUUCAAGAAGAUCUUCGGCAAAUACAAGACCUUCAAAGACUUUAUUUGUCAUCAAUUUUGAUCCAUAUCAUACUCGGACUAGGGAUUUGGAAAGGCACUUUGAAUCAUAUGGAAAGAUUGUGAGUGUAAGGAUCAGAAGGAAUUUUGCAUUUGUCCAAUAUGAUUCACAGGAUGAUGCCACCAGAGCAUUGGAGGCUACAAAUAUGAGCAAGCUGAUGGAUAGAGUUAUUUCAGUGGAAUAUGCUGUUCGAGAUGACGAUGAGCGCAGAAAUGGAUACAGCCCUGAUCGAAGUCGUGAUAGGUCACCUGAGAGAGGUCGUGACAGAAGGCGAUCUCCAAGUCCCUACCGAAGAGAGAGGGGUAGCCCUGAUUAUGGCCGUGGCUCUAGUCGUAGUCCUUAUAGGAAGGAGAGGGGGAGCCCUGAUUAUGGUCGGGGCCGCAGUCCAAGUCCCUAUAAGAGAGAUGGAGCUAGCCCUGAAUAUGGCCGGGGCACUAGCCGUAGUCCUUACCGAAGAGAGAGGGCUGGUGCUGACCAUGCUCGUGGCUCCAGUCGAAGUCCUUAUAGGAAAGAGAGGGCUAGUCCCGAGAAUGGUCGAGGUCCCAGCAAUAGUCCUUAUAGGAGAGAGAAGCAUAGUGCUGAGAAUGAUUGUAGCCCUAGUCAUAGUCCAUAUAGAAGAGAAAGGCCCAGCUCUGACAAUGGUCGUGGACCCAGCCAUAGCCCAUAUGGAAGAGAGAGAGCUAGCCCCAAAAAUGGCCGUGGUCCCAGCCCAAGUUCUAUGCCUGAAGGAAGGGACAGUCCCUAUGGUGGUGGAGCGGAAAGCCCCGUCAAUGAGAGAUAUCGCAGUCAAUCACCACCAGCAGAGGAAUGAUUAGGAUCUUGAGGAGCUUUGGAGGAAGACCUUUGUCUUUGUGGCAGAUGUCAGUUGGAAGUCCUGUUAUUGGCUUGUCUUUAAUGGCAACUGUUUCUGCAAUUACAUUUAGAGUUGGAGUCUGACCUUAUGUUGUAGUGCAUACUUUUAAAUCCUAGAUUUCUAGUUUAGGUGCAAUGGAUAAUCCUGUUGACUUUGAAUGUGAAACUCAUUUUAUGGAAUAUGUUAUUUAUUUUGGUCUCCUU